AUGGGCGCCGGCGGCGAGGUGUGCUACCCGUGCCGGCGGUCCCCGCUGUGCUGCGCGCUGAGCUGCGUGCUGGCGGUGGUGGUGUGCGUGCUGGCGGUGGCCAUCGUGGUGUACCUGCUGUUCCGGCCGAACCUGCUGCGCGCGACGGCGGCGGAGGCGGAGCUGAGCAGCUUCUCGCUGGCGCUCAAGAGCUGGACGCUCAGCUACAACCUCUCGCUGGGGGUGGACCUGGCCAGGCCCAACGCCCGCCUCGUCCUCCGCUACCACGCCAUCGCCGCCGACGCCUACUACCAGGACCAGCGCGUCGCCCACGCCCGCCUCCCCGACUUCGCCCAGCCCGCCGCCUCCAACACCACCCGCCUCUCCCCGGCCUUCCACGGACACCACCAGCUCCUCGGCGGGGUCGCCGCCGCCACCUUCCGCCGGGAGGACACCGAGGGCACCUUCUCCAUCCACGUCAAGCUCGCCGCCCGCACGGAGAUCCAGGCCCUGGCGCUCGCCCUGCCCGGCCCGCCCAUCAACGUCGACUGCCCCCUCAGGCUCCAGCGCUGGAACGCCUCCGCGCCGCCGCCCGUCUUCCACCCCACCGCCUGCCACGUCUCCUACUGA